GGGGAGAGAAGGGUGGAGUUUUGAACCCACGGGGCGGGCUCUCUCGCAGGCCGGUAUAAGAAGAGUCUCCGUUCCUUAUUGGUGGUUCGGUGAAAUUCAGCCCCGUUUCCUUCGGUAGUUUCUGACUCUGCCCUGUGUAAUCACGAUGGCGGCAGCAGCUGAUCGCACCGUACUCGUGCUUGGGGGAGCCGGCAUUGUCGGCUCGGGCAUAGUGAAAGUUCUGCUGGAGAAAGGCUUCCGUGUGGCAGUUAUAUCCAGAGAUGCAGCCCGCUUGGAGAAACUGAAAAACUUUGUCCCAGCUACUACAAGAUCCAGGCUUUUCACACUAGUUGGAGAUGUAGGUUCUGAAGAAGGUGCAGAAGCAGCUAAAAAUGCAGUGCUGCAGGCUGUUGGGAAAGUGACAGACAUUGUGUCAUCCCUGGGGUUCAGCUGGUGGCAGGGUGGUCCUCCUCACACUCAAACACUUGAAGAACUCAAUAGGGUUCUGAACACGCUGGUGCUAAGCACUUUCACAUCCUGGAAGGCAUUCUUUCCUCUGGUUAAAGAUAACCCCCAUGGAUCGUACACAUUUAUAACUGGUGGUGCAGGGGAGCGCCUGCUGAUGCCUGGGACUGGUUUCUUGACCCUGGGAGCUGCGGGAGCUCUGGCAUUCUGCCAGGUUGUCAGAGAGGAGUACCCUGAUGUCCCAUGCAAGCUGAAUGAGGUGAAGUUCAACAUGGGUGUUGCAACUCCAGAUCGGAUUGCUCCAGGUUUUGUCAAUCACUUGGACGUCGGUGAAGCCAUGGCCACUAUUUUGGAGAAGUCAUCUGUUUCCCACUAUGUGUUUUGUGUGAAUACCCCAGCUGAGCUCAAAACCUUGAUCGUGGAGGGGAAAGUCUGAAAGUGAAGACCCUUCAAGUCGAUGUACCAAGUCAGCAUUCUGUAUUGCAUGUAUAGUUUAUUUUAAUUUUAAAGUCCUUUAACACUACAGUGGUGUGCACUUUACUAUAGAACCAGUGAUGUGUCUGUCAAUGCAUGUGUUGAUCUUUGCACUUAAACUAAAACAGAUUAAAAUUCAGUUAUCUAGAUUUUGUUUCAUGUCACAUUUAGAACAAGCCAUUCAGCCCAACCAGUUCCUGCUAGGAUUCAUGCUUCACCUAAGCUUCUACCUAUCUUUCUUCCUCUAAAUCUAUCAACACCCUUCUAUCCCUUUCUCCUUCUUCUCAUGCUUGUCCAGCUCCCUUAAAGGAUUUAUACAAAUCUCUUCAACUACUCCCUGUGGCAGUGAGUUCCACAUUCUCACCACCCUUUGGGUUAAGUUUUGGUGAAUUCCCUGUUGGUUUUCUUGGAGAUUUGUCUUCCCCAGAUGGCCUCUGGGAUAGGUGAAUAGGCUUUCCCCAACAAGUGGAAAUCUUUCCUCUGUUUCUUCUCUGUCAAAAACCUGCAUACUUUUAAAGACUUCAAUCAGGUCACAAUUCAUCCUUUUCUCAAGAGAAAUGGGACCCUUUUAUCAGGAUAGAUAUAUGAGCAGACGAACUUUCACAUGCUAAGUCCACAACAGCCUACAAAGUUUCAGCAGUUUCAUUUACAAAUAAAAUAACUUUCACUGAAGGAUUUAAGGCUGGAUCUGAGCUGUGCAAUGAUUGAACAGCACCCUUUGCAAAGAAAUGGUCUCUUAGAUCUAUUGUUGAAUACUGAUUUGUUUUUAUAGAAAUCAUCUUAUUAUUAAGUAACAGAUAGUGUAUUCACACCUUGUGUCUGCGUUUCAAAUCCUGCAAUUUCAGGGUAUCGGGUUUGAAAUGUUGAGUAGCCUGUGUGUGCCACACUCAAGUGGAAUAGUAUUCACUGCAUUGUCAGGAAUAUAUAGAGUUUUUAAUGUUGCUUUCUCUCUGCCCUUGGACACUACAGCAACACCCCAAAUGCACAGCAAAGCUGUGUUCAAUAUAAUUUUUAAUCUUGAUCACGAGGAUAUUUGAGCAGGAAGUCAUAUUUGCUCAUCGUGUAAACAACUAUUGGCUGUUACUAUGAAGAUAGUGUGCAGCAAUUAUAAAUUGAUUCAUGUGGUAGUUGAAAAGAGAGACUAGGAUGUGGCAUUAAAAUAGACCUUCUCCAAACUUAUUCAAGAAUUUUUGGCAUUUAAAGUGUACAUAUUGAACUUAACAGAAAAUGUUGUCUAAAGUUAAAGGGCUAUGGAUGUCUUGCUUAACUAACAUUAACCUUAAAUAUUACUUAAUAGUCUGACUGGAAUACAUGAAGAGUAUAUCAGUUUUACUUUGAAUAAUUGGCCUUCAUGUAUUACUUAGAAAAAUGAGAAACUAUCUUCGGACCAUUAAGUGAUAAGGGUAAUUUAGUUUGUGUCAUUUCAGGAUUAUAAAAUGGAACAUACAAAAAUAUAUACUUUGCUUGAGUUCAAAGAACUUCAAAUGAGGUUCAUGAGAACUUUUAGUUUACAGCAAAGCCAGGCAAUCGCUUUGGUUACCAUCAAAAUCCAAUUAUAUUCCAUAAUUUCAUUCCUAAAAAAAUUAAGAACAACAAAUUAAAUUUGUUAAAUUAAAUUUAAAAUUAAAUUAAAAACAACACAAUAAUUGUAGUAUUGCUAUCAGUACUGAUAGCUUAGUCUGAGAACUGGCAGUUACAGGUGUCAGUUUGGGUCAAUACUAGUUCAGAUGUAUGAACAAUCCACACUAUUGUUUGUACCAUUGUUUAAAUAAAUUAAUGGCUAAUUUUUGUCAAGAAUGAGAAAGGGAUAUUUGUUCAUAUUGUUCCAAAGAUGCUUAAAUUCAUUUAAGGCACAUCUUCCCUUACAGUAUUUUGUAUUUUUGGUACUGGAGUAAGCUGCCCACUUCUUUAGUCAAACUGUAGGACUUUAACCAUUUGCCAUUCUUAGUGAGUCCUUUUAGCCAACAUUACAUAUUCAUUACAAUAGAUAAAUAACCAAUCUAACUGUAGUCUGGUAUCGUUUUUAAAAACUAUUUCUUACGUGAAUUUCUUAUUGUAAAUUGAUAUUUGUCA